AUGGAUCUGCCUUAUUACCACGGCCCCCUGAACAAGAAAGACUGUGAGACCUUGCUGCUCAGGGAUGGGGUGGAUGGCAAUUUUCUAUUGAGGGACAGUGAGUCAGUCCCAGGAGCCCUGUGCCUCUGUGUCUCGUUUAAGAAUUUGGUCUACACCUACCGAAUCUUCAAAAAGAAGCAUGGGUGCUACGAGAUGCAGACUGUGGAAGAUGCCCCUAAACAGAUCUUUCCAAGCCUAAAGGAACUGAUCUCCGAAUAUGAAAAACCAAAUCAAGGGCUGGUGGUUCACCUUUUAAAGCCAAUAAUGAAAAUGAGCAUGUGCCUGGGAUGGAGAAGAGCGAGGAUAAAGUUGAAUGAGAUUUAUGAGAACAGUGACAAUGAUUAUGUGACUGUCUUACCUUGA